AUGGUCUCCCUCUCACUUACCCUAGAGGAAAUCGAAAAGUGUAUAUGUAUACAAUGCAGUUCAUUAAAAUGGAAGGGACUAUUAGUCGGAUCAUUAAAAAAGGUCAUCGAACAAGUACACCCUUCAUUAACAGCAAGCGAUGAAGCAUUGGAAUAUGUAGAAAUGUUAGUAGUGCAAUGUCUAGAGAUACUUACUCUUCGGCCAUCGCCUCCACACACUGUACAUGAUAUUGAAGACCAGGUAAAACGAUCAUUCCCUAAACCAAUAGAUGAAUGGGCUAUCAAAGAUGCUAAAGAAUCAUUUGAAAAAAAUAAGAAAAAAAAUCCAUUAGUCUUACCUGCCGAUAAAAUUCAUAAUUUAAUCCAAAAGGAAAUACUACAAUAUAAAUUAGACUAUCAAGUUACACUUUACAUAACGGCCGUUUUAGAAUACAUUGCGGCAGAUAUAUUAAAAUUAGCUGGUAAUUAUGUAAAAAAUAUACACCGUGUAGAAAUUGGAUUUCAAGAUCUUCGUAUUGCAAUUUGCGGUGACAAAGUACUAAUGGAUUUAUUUGGUCAGCAUGAUGAUAAUAGUGACUUGGAUCUGUCCGAUUUAGGUAUAGACAAAAUCCAACGAACUUCUACUACCUACGAAGAAGUAAUUAGAGAUCUCAUGCACGAUGAACGACAACUCGUUAGGGAUUUACAUUUAAUUUUAAAAAUUUUCAAAGAAGAAAUUGAUCGUAUCAUUCCAACAGGUAGUAGUCAAGAAUUAGACAGUAUGUUUAAUAACAUAACAGAUAUUUGUAAAGCCACUGGCCUAUUUUUAAGUUCUAUUGAAGAUAUUUUAGAAAUUGCAGAAGACAAAUCAGCUACGGUCGGGUGUUGUAUCGAAGAAUUAGCUGAAGCUGCUGAGUUUGAUGUAUUUGCACGUUAUGCAAAUGAUAUUGUAAAAAAACAAUGCAGAAAUAUAUUUUGGAAUUUAAUCGGUAAACCAGAAGUUUCAAAUUUACUACAAUCGGCUGGUUAUGGUUUUAAAGAAGCAGUAAAAUAUUAUUUUCCAAAAUUAUUACUUUUACCACUGUGGCAUUGUAUACUUUAUUUUGAGUAUAUUAAAAUUUUACAUCAGCUUUCUCCUUCUCAACUUGAUAAAGAAUGUUUGGAACAAGUAGAAGGUAUUUUGAGACCUCUUCAAUUACAAAUGACGUCUGCUGCAAACAAAGUAAACUUACCAGAUAACGUCAAGGAGUUUGGACUCAAAAUAAAUGCUACUCCUAGACGAUUAUUGGCCAUUGAGAAGUUGAAUGAAAUGCAAAAAGCAAUUGACGGUUGGGAUGGUAAAGAUAUGGGACAAUGCUGUACAGAAUUUAUAAGAGAAGGAUUACUUAUAAAAGUUUCGAGUGGAGGUAAACGUUGUUCAGAGCGUAAAGCUAUCUUGUUUGACGGUGUUCUACUUUUAUGUAAAUCUAACAAUAGAAGAACCUCUGUUUCAGUCAGCUCUCAACUUGUUGGCGGUUUGUCAGAAUUUAAAUUAAAAGAGAAAUUGUUUAUUAGAAAAGUGGAAAUUAUUGAUCGAGAAGAUACAGAAGAAACUAAAAAUUUUUUUGAAAUAGCCCCUCGACUUCAACCGCCAGUUAUAUUGGUGGCCAAUACUUUUCAAGACAAAGCUAAUUGGAUGGCCGACUUAGUUAUGUUAAACACUAAAAGUAUGUUGGAUAGGACUUUAAACAGUAUACUCCUUGAUGAAGAUAAAAAAUUUCCUUUACGGUUGCCUUCAAUUGAAGAAUACAGAUUUGUUGAACCUGAUUCUCGUUCAAACAUAAUUUUUGAAGAAAAAGAAAACAAUGGUGUUCCUCUAAUUAAAGGUGCCAUUUUACUAAAACUUAUAGAACGGCUGACAUAUCAUAUAUAUGCAGAUCCAAAAUUUGUAAAAACAUUUUUAACAACAUAUCGAAGUUUUUGUUUGCCUCAUGAGUUAUUGGAUCUUCUUAUUGAGCGUUACAAUAUCCCUGAGCCUUUUGGAAUUACUAUGGAUUCAAUAAGUCUUAGGGAUGAAAAUAAAAGGUUCAAAAAGGAAUAUUUAAUACCAGUUCAAUUUAGAGUAUUGAAUGUUAUUCGACAUUGGGUCGAUUAUCAUUAUUAUGACUAUCAAAGAGAUCCAGAUUUACUUGAUAAAUUACAUACAUUUUUAUAUUCGAUUAAUGGAAAAUCAAUGAAAAAAUGGGCAGAUUCUGUUAUCAAAAUAAUGCAAAGGAAAACCACCGAAGCUCAAAAAGAAAUAACAUUUGCAUUCGAUUCGCCGCCACCACCUAUUGAA